AUGCUGGGGCGGGUGCUGCAGUGCCUGAUGACAACAGAGGACCCAGAAGAUGAGAACUCCUGCUGCUGCGCCACAGCGGCCACCCGCGCGCGCGCCCGCGCCGCCGUCCGCGCCGCCGUCCGCGCCGCGCGGCUGGCGUGCCGCGCCUUGGACGCCGCGGCGCGGGAGCAGCUCGCGACGCGGGUGCUGCUCACGCCCGACAGCCUGGCGGCCGCGACGCCCGACUGGGCGCGCCUCCCUGGGCUGACGGCGCUGGCAUUCGACGGCUGGGGCGUGCUGCAGAGGCCCCCGCCUGAACAACGUGCUUUCCCGCAACUCGUGGUGAAUCUGGAGGCCGCUCGCCUCCGGCCGGCUUCGCCGGCGGACCAAGCAUCUGCGGCGGCUUUCCGUCGCCUUCAGGCCCGUUUCCUCGAAGGGUUUCUUUCGGAGGGGCAGGCGUUUGAUGAGUCCCAGCGUCGCCACCGCUUGCUCAUCCGCUGCUUCCUCCUGG